CUUGACCCGCCCUCUGUCCCUCCCCCCCUUCCCGUUCUCCUCCCCUACAGGAAGUAAGGGAAAUGGCUUCCGAGAGCUAGGGCCUGGUCGCGGCUCCUCCUGCGAGAUUAGGAAACUGGAGCAAACAGAUUGAAGUAACUUGCUCAGAGUCAUUCAUACAUCUAGUAAAUGUCUGAGGCCAGAUUUGAACUCAUGAAGAUGAGUUUUCUUGACUCCAAGCCUGACAACCUAUCCACUGAACCAUCUAGAUGCCCCAAGAAUAUUUGUACCACAAAAUUACUCUUUACUUAGGGGCCUAGGAUGAAAGAGAGGAAAGUAUAGACAAAGGAAGUCGCCAAAGAUGGAAAGUACAACAGCAAGGAAAAGAAAGACCAGAACAUAGAUAAGGAGCCUCAGAACUUCAUUGAUUCAGUCCAUACCUGAACAAGAAAACACUUAAAAUACAUGCUGGAGAAGUGCUCAUCCAGCAUUUGCUUGAAGUCCUCGAGUGAGAAGGAACAAACAGCUAAAUAGUAAUGAAUAUAUGUUUGAAUAAUGCAAAACUCCUUUAUUAUGAAUUCUAAAAUGAUAUCAUGUUGUACUUAAUGCAAACAAAAUUCAAUUAAUGUGACAUGUGGAACUAGCCCAUGUUAUUUAUUAACUGAUGCUAAAUCAUCAGUCUGUACUUGCUAUCCUUGAGUGUUGAUGUGAUGUGCCAUUACAUACCAUAUUAUCAACAGUUCUAUUAAUUUUUUCACAAAAUAACCCCUUAUAAAAUGGACAAAAGGAAGAUUACUUCAGAUGGCAACACUGCCAACACAAAGAAGAAGAGACUUGUUAUUACAUUAGAACAAAAAUUUGAUGUAAUCGAACGGCAUGAACGUGGUCAUAGUAACUCUAAAAUAGGAAGAGAUAUAGGAAUGCCUGAAUCUACAGUACGGAAUAUUAUAAAACAUGCAGGUGAAAUUAAAAAAAAAGGCAAAGUUGCUUCAACUUUUUGUGGUUUGCAAACAACUACAAGAAAUAGAAGUAUUACAAUGAUAGAAAUGGAGCGUCUUUUAGCUGUAUGGAUUGAAGAUUGCAAUAAAAAAUGCAUUCCUCUUACCAGAGCAGCUAUUCAGACAAAAGCUUCAAGUUUAUUUAAGGCAGUAAAAGAAAAUGGAAAUGAAAUGGAAAGUGAGGAAACUUUUGCUGCUAGCGUUGGUUGGUUUAAUCGCUUUAAAAAUCGACUUCAAUUGCAUAAUGCUAAAAUUACCAGAGAGGCAGCCAGUGCAGAUAAGGAUACCACUGUGUGGAAGCACAUUUUGCCACACUCUGCAAAUAGUAAUUUUGAGAGUUUCCCCCCUCAAAAACAAACUGUUAUAGAAGAAAUAACAAAUAUUGGAAGAAAGCUUGGUUUUGAUGAACUGGAAAAUGGUGAUGCCCAAGAAUUACUCAUUUCACACUCAGAAGAAUUGACUGAUAAUGAUCUUCAUUUAGAACAACAAGUGUUUGAAGAAGCCAACAAUGACCUCAAAGAAUCAGAUAAUAUGCAAAUGAAGGAAUUUACUCUCAAGGAAUUUGAAGAUCUCUUUAGAGCUGCAGAAGUCAUGAAGCAAAAGAUUAUGAAUGCUGAUCCUAAUGUCAGUCGAAGUAUUCAGAUUCGCCAAAAUGUGGAUAGAGCUCUCUGUAUCUACCAACAUAUGUAUGAGGAUUUAAAGAAAAAGACAGUUCAACCAACACUGCUAAAAUAUAUUAAACAAGAAUAAAGACACUUUUGUAAUAUCAUUGUAGGCUUAUUUUUGAAUUUAAUAUUCAGUGAUUUUAAAAUUUUGCUUUCUCUUAUUCCUUUGAAACAAACUCAAAUCAGAAAUACAUUUUUCUUAUUCUUUGCAGUUAUAUUAGAUUAAUAAACAGAUUAAAAACUUAUUUUUAAAAAAUAUCAUUGCACAGUUCCAUUCCAAUAGAACCAGUUAUCAUGUUUUACAUAUGACUAUAAGUCAAAUAAUGUAAAUUUAGACCAUGUUACCACUUGAUAGGAUUUCAUUAUUGGGCCUAAUUGAAUCUUUUGAUUACAUUAGCAGAUUACAAGAAUCUGAGCUGAACUUUGAAAGAAUCUAUUGAAUCAGAGGUAGAAGUUAAAAAAGUUACAAAGAACUGUGUAAACAUGGGUUUUAUGUAAAAGUAAGACAGCUGAACUGGAACAUAAGAGUUCAUAAUGGGAGCAAAUGUAAGUUUGGAAAAGGAUGUUAGAGCUAAGCCACAGAUCGUUAUAAAUGUUAGGUUGAAAAGUCUGUAUUUUAUCUUAGAAAUAAUAGUAAAAUACUGAAGAUAAUCUGAGCAGGCAAUGUCCUAUUACCAUCUUGUUCAUCUUUCUCCAAGAAUCUGUUGUAGGUCCUCCACCUUUUCCUGAUAACCUCAUUAUUUCCCAUGGGGUUAACCAUCAUUUCACUAUCCUUUGUAAAAUGUGACAUUCAGAACUGAAAACAGUACUCUAGAUGUGACUUGGCCAGAAGAAAUACAGCAAAAUAAUCAUCUCCCUCCCUUGUGUUGUCUACAUGUUUAAUAACAACCCCAGGCUUUUAUCCAAGUCAUUGAUAAAAAAUUAAGUAGCUCAGGCCAUGACAGACUAGGAUUUUGCAUUAGAGAUUUCCUUUUAAAGUGAUAAAUAGCAAUUAAAACAAUGUACUUUGGGGGUUUAGCAAUUCAAUCAGUACCUACUCAAUAGAUUAACUGUAACAUGUCAUUUGGCUGUCUUUUCUAAAAGUAUUGCAGUAAAAAUUUUGUCAAACUGUUAAAAUGUAGGCAAACUAUAUAGCUUUUUCCUAAUUAUUUUGAUAACUUUAAAAAAAGACCUGUUUUUGAUGAAACCAUUCUCUUAUGAUCAUUGCUGCUUUUUUCUAGGUGCAAUUAGAUGAUGAAAUAAAUGGUUCUAAUCAUAACUUUCAAAUUCUACUAUCCUAGUUAUUACUCUCUCUUCUUUUGGAAGUUUCUAUAAAGCAGGAAUCUAGCCAGAUAUUCCAGUAUCCCAACUUGAGGAGGAGUUUGAAAGUACUCAGUAUCAGCACUGUACAAGAGAAUACUCCACAUCAUUGGCUUGGAAAGGGGCUAAAAAAUGCAGAGGUCUUUUCUCUACUUAUCCCCUUGUCCAUAAUUUGAUCUUUUAAAAAAUAUAAUCUUUACCUUUUUAAAGUAUCCCUAAAAUCACUAACCUGAGGCUUUCUUUGCUAUACACACAUCACACACACUCCUCUCUUUUAUCAUUUUCCAUGCUAAGGAUUUACAUUCCUCAUCUUGUACAGCCUAACCAUCUCUUUGCACAUCUAGUCUUAAACCAGAUAGCAUGUGAGUGUCUACUUAGCUUUGGAACAAAAGUUGAUGCUGUUUUGACUGAUAAGUGCAUCCCUUGAGCUACUAUCCAACUUUCUCCAUGACCAUUUUCUCGCCCUUUACCUGCUGUUCUACUUUGGACCAUUAAAACUUGACAUUCCAUUCUUCUGCUUUCUAACCCUAAACCACAGUUGCUUUGCUGUUGGAAAAGAUAUGUCAAGCUCCCGAUUAUGGGAUUGGUGAUUUCACAAAUCAAAAUCUCUCUGCUUUCUAUGUAUUGUCUUCUCAUAUUGUCUCCUCAGUUAAAAUGACAGCUUAUUGAAGGCAUGGUUUAUCUUUUUAAAAAUAUAUCAUUCUUAACCAGCCAUUCUUAACUGAGAAGAUAAGGGGAAAAAAAAAACCCAACAUUGCAACAAAUAUAAUCAAAACAAAUUUCCACAUUGGCUAUAUGCAAAAAAAAUUUUUUUUCCUCUCAUUCUCAUUUUCAGUCCUUCAUCUCUAUAUAGAUAGUGGGUAACAUGUAUUAUUAGUCUUAAGGGAUUCUGCUUUGAUAUGAUACCAA